CGUCGCACAAGGACAGAAACUGCGCGUUCGCAACCCAAUCAAGUGCUACAUCUCUAGUAAUACACAGCGGUCUUUCAGCUUAUACACCUUCCGCCGCAAUCAUGUCAGAUGUCGAGGCCGAGCAGAAGCGUGAGGAGGAUGAGCGUCUCGAUACUGCAGAAGACCCAAACGAGGAGGAAGAAAUCUCUGCAAUGAGGCGCCGUGUUCAGGAGAUGGAGGAAGAGGCACAGAAGCUGCGCCAAAUGCAGCAAGCCAUCGACAAUGAACGGCACGAGAUGCGCGAAAGCAAAGAGGACGUUGAUGCGCGAAGUGUCUUUGUCGGCAACGUAGAUUACGGAGCCAGCCCCGAAGAGAUUCAGGCGCAUUUCCAGAGCAUCGGUAGCAUCAACCGUGUCACUAUUUUGUUAGACAAGUUCACUGGACAUCCUAAAGGGUAUGCUUAUGUGGAGUUCACAGAACCCCAUUUGGUCAAUGAGGCCUUGGUCCUCGACAAUAGUCAAUUCCGGAAUCGCAACUUGAAGGUUGUGCCCAAGCGAACGAACCUCCCAGGUAUGACGCGAGGCGGACGUGGCGGCCGAGGUGGCGGCCGAGGUGGCUACGGCGGACGUGGCUCGCCGUACGGACGCGGCGGAUUUAAUAGUUACGGCGCUCCUCCUCGAGGAGGUGGUUAUCGGGGUGGAUACCGCGGAGGAAGAGGAGGUUCCGCGUACCGUCCUUACUAGAGUUGGGCAAUAGCACACAUGGAUCUGUGUUGGGUUUUCAACCGUUUUAUUGAAGGAAAGAUUCAUAAAGGGGCACAUGAAAUUGGAACGGAGUCGCGGUGAAGCUUUGCAACAGCAAAGGGCUUUGUACUAUACCUCAAAAGGUCCGCUGGGGGAUAUGCUGCUUGGAAUAUGGCAUCAGAUUUGUCCUCAUUUCCACCACCCGGAUAUAAUUUUCUUUCG